GCUCUCGGACUCGACGAGGCGUCCGUGCGCUUCGAGAACAAGGCGUCGAAAGUGGCGUACAUUUGGCGGCAAUUCAGCGAUUGUUUUGAAUGUCCGCUCGUCUUCUGGGCUCCCAUUCUUCCCGCGCAGACUCUGGCGCUCAAGAACUCCACGAAUUCGGACCAAAUCGUGGCCAUCACUGCUCGCCAACCGGAUCCGCUCUAUUUGACCACAAAUGAAGAGCUCUUCUGCCGCCAAACCUAUUCACUGAGAGACCAAUCCAUUCACGACAUCACGUAUUAUCUGUCGAGAGAACUCUUUCCGCAACUAAUUGUCUCUCUCAUCAGAAUCACCGAAAAUGGCGGCGCCUUUGAAUGCGAGCACCGGAUCGCUGACGAGGGCCGGAACGACAUUUGGCCGCUUGUGGUGGCCGUCGGGGUUUACGUGACGUUCGCCGCCGUUUUCUACGUCAGCAGAAGACUGUUCCGAAGAUACCGCGAACGCAACGCAAUGACAAUAACGACGGAUCCGACGCCACUCUCGACCGACGAGUCGAAGGCCGCGGACGACAAGAAACGCAAACGACUCAAGUCUUUGGACUGCUUUCGAGGGAUCACGAUUCUGAUGAUGAUAUUCGUGAAUAUGGGCGCCGGUGGCUACGAAUACCUGGACCACGCGCACUGGGAUGGCUUCAACUUCGCGGACAUCAUCUUCCCUUGGUUCAUCUUCAUUAUGGGCACUACGAUGGCCAUCAGUCUCAAGAGUCAAGUCGUUCGGCAGAAGACUCCCGUUUGGCGCCUCUAUUACCAGAUCUGCAAACGCGCGCUCACGCUCUUCGUCAUCGGACUUAUCCUCAAUUCCAACGGAAACGCCAAUUGGAAGACUGUUCGCAUUCCCGGAGUUCUGCAGCGCUUCGGAAUCACGUAUUUGGUCGUCGCGUCGGCGCACGUCGUCUCUCUCCGCCUCCAUAAGGGAGAACUCUUCGGCGCGCGUCCGUCUCCCGUCCCCUCCCUGUCCUCCGCCACCUCUAACCCCCUUUUGUCUCCCUCAGUGCGCAUCCACCAGUUGGUAGACGUGAUCCCCUAUUGGCCAGAAUGGAUUGUCAUGUCUUUCACGGCUUUACUCCAUUUCGUCCUCACUUUCGGCUGGAAUUUCGACGACAAGUGUCCGAAAGGAUAUAUCGGACCGGGCGGUCUGGCCAACAACAUGUCGCACGUCCACUGCACGGGCGGAGCGGCCGCUUAUAUCGACCGCUGGCUGUUGGGCGAGAAACACCUCUACCCCUACUUCACGGGAAACCGUUUAUACGAUCCCGUCGGACAGUUCGGUCUCCUCCACGACCCCGAAGGCGUCCUCGGCACCACCACUUCCAUUCUGUUGACGUUCUUCGGCCUCCAAACGGGCAAAAUCCUGAUCGCGUAUCCGAGUCCUAAACAACGGAUCGUCCGAUGGCUCUCUUGGGCCACAAUUCUCGGCGCGUUGGCGGCGCUGUUCGCGGCCACGGGCUGGAUCCCCAUCAACAAGAACUUGUGGUCCUUCUCCUUCAUAUGC